UGGAUGUGGCUGUGAAGGGCAUCUCGGGUCUCAAACAUGGCGUUGUCUAAAGUUAAGCUUCGUUUGUGUCUCUUGGCGUUUACCCUUUUUCUUGCUUGUUUGUCUGUUGGUUUGGGUGCUAAGGGUGAGAGCCUUAGCAGCGGGGCUGGGGUUGACCAUGAUGGAUGUGUGAACCGGUGCGAGGAGCUGAAGGGGAAGAACGUGGAUGAGUUUGCUGCUUGUAAGAAGGGAUGUGGAGUGAACCAAAGGGGGAGUCCUCGUGCGGAGUAUGAGGUGUGUCGUCUCCGGUGCCAAGUGGCGGAGCGUGGGGUGGAGCAACAACGUAGGUGUGAACAGGUCUGUGAGGAGCGGCUGAGGGAGAGAGAGCAGGGAAGGGGGGAGGAUGUUGAUGAGGUUGAACGGAGAGAUCCUGAGUGGGAGAGAGAGGAGCAACGUCGGAGAGAACAUGAGCGGGAAGAACGACGUCGUCGUGAACGUGAGAGAGAGCGUGAGAGGGGUAGAGGUCGUCGUGAUUUGAAUGAGAGAGAUCCUAAACGUGAACAAGAAGAGAGACAACGUAGAGAGCAAGAACGACGCCGUAGAGAGCAAGAACAAAGAGAGCGAGAACGUAGAGGCGAGAGGGACGAGGAAGAUGAUGAAAACCAAAGAGACCCAGAUUGGCGUCGGGAGCAAGAACGCAGAGAGCAAGAGCGCCGCCGCAGAGAGCAAGAGCAAGAGCGCAGAGAACGCCAACGCAGAGGUGGGAGGGAUGAUGAAGAUGAAAACCAAAGAGACCCAGAUUGGCGUAGGGAGCAAGAGCGCAGAGAGCAGGAACGACGCCGCAGAGAGCAAGAGCGCAGAGAACGCCAACGUAGAGGCGAGAGGGAUGAUGAAGAUGAAAACCAAAGAGACCCAGAUUGGCGUAGGGAGCAAGAGCGCAGAGAGCAGGAGCAAGAACGCAGAGAACGCGAACGUAGAGGCGGGAGGGAUGAUGAAGAUGAAAACCAGAGAGACCCAGAUUGGCGUAGAGAGCAAGAACGACGUCGCAGAGAGGAAGAACAGAGAGAACGAGAAUGGGAAAGAGAGCAUGGGAGAAGGGGACGAGAAGAGCAGAGAAGCAGGGAAGAUGAACGGAGACGUCAAGAACGACAACAUGGGGGAAGAAGCCGUGUAAAUCAAGUAGCCAUUCGACGGACAGAGCUAGAACAGAGCAACAAUCCCUACUACUUUCAGGAGCAGCGUUUUCAAUCAAGGUACAGGUCUGACCAGGGCCAUUGGAGGGUGCUGGAGAAAUUCUCCGACAGGUCGGAGCUUUUAAAAGGAAUUAAAAACCAACGAUUAGCAAUUCUUGAGGCCCGCCCUCACACCUUCAUCGUCCCCCAUCACUUGGAUGCAGAAUGUGUUCUCUUGGUCGUAAGAGGAAGAGCGACGAUCACUACAGUAGUCCAGGAAAAGAGGGAAACUAGAAAAGAGUCUUACAACGUUGAAUCCGGGGAUGUUAUGACGAUCCCGGCCGGAACAACUUUAUACUUGGCAAACCAAGAAAAUGAAGAUCUCCAGAUCGUGAAAUUGGUUCAACCCGUCAACAAUCCGGGCGAAUUCAAGGAUUAUCUAUCCGCCGGAGGUGAAGCUCAAGCAUAUUACAGCGUUUUCAGCAAUGAUGUUCUCGAAGCUGCUCUAAACAUUCCACGAGAUAAACUAGAGAGGAUAUUCAAGCAGAGAAGGGAGAGAGGAGGAAAAAUCAUAAGGGCAUCACAAGAGCAACUAAGAGCGUUGAGCCAACGAGCCACCUCCGUAAGAAGAGGUAGUCGGGGAGUCAGAGCUCCGAUCAAGCUCGAAAGCCAGACCCCUGUUUACAACAACCAAUACGGUCAAAUGUUUGAGGCUUGCCCUGAUGAGUUCCCCCAACUUCGGAGAACCGAUGUGGCCACUUCCGUCGUCGAUAUCAAACAAGGUGGAAUGAUGGUGCCUCACUUCAACUCAAGAGCGACAUGGGUGGUGUUCGUUUCAGAAGGAGCUGGAUCCUUCGAGAUGGCCUGCCCUCACAUACAGAGCGGCCAAUGGCAGCGAGGAAGGAGAGAGGAAGAACGACAUUGGAGAAGGGAGGAAGAAGAGGAACGCGAAGAAAGAAGCGGUAGAUUCGAAAGAGUUGCCGGUCGUCUAUCAGAGGGCGGCGUACUCGUAAUUCCGGCAGGCCAUCCAAUCGCCAUCAUGGCUUCCCCUAAUGAGAAUCUCCGCUUGGUCGGGUUCGGAAUCAAUGCCGAAAACAACCAAAGAAACUUCCUCGCCGGGAGAGAGAACAUAAUGAACGAAUUAGACAGAGAAGCAAAGGAACUUGCCUUCAACGUAGAAGGAAAGCAAGCCGAUGAGAUAUUCAGAAGCCAGAGAGAAUCGUUCUUCACAGAAGGGCCGGAAGGUGGCCGGAGGAGGUCGACGGAGAGAAGCCCGUUGUUGUCGAUUCUGAAACUGGCCGGUUACUUCUGAAAGAGAGAGGAAGGAAAUGGAGGAGGGCGCGCUUAUGAAUGAAUAUCUAUGAAAUGGAGAGGGCGCGCUUUUCAACCUUUAUAUAAUAUUAUCUUUUUUUUUUUU